UCUAGAUUAUUUUGGAUUAAUACGGUUAGUUAUCGCUCAAUAUGUGAAGUUGGACUGGAAAUAAUCCAAACAGUUGGUCAAUCUCUGGCCAAUACCGAUCAGUUAAUUAUAAAUCCUACAAUGGUAUAGAUAUGUACAAAGGUAGAAAUAUAACUAUUUUAUUUACAUAGUAAGGAUUUAAUACCUAUCUGAUUUUUUGAGUUGACAAAAGUUACAUUUAAAAUGAUAAUUACAUGGAUCAGUUUCGACAGGAUAUGGAUACGCGAGGACAUUUAACGUUUUUAUCGUUCUACCAAGGAUAAAAAGAUGGUGAUGACAACAAACAAGAAAAACGGGUACUUCCCAGACAGAAGUAAAAUAGAAAAUUGUUUACGUGCUUCACCGGAACCAGGUCCCUUUCUACGAUGUCCCGUGUCAACUCCUUUGAACUCACAUCGACCUCUUCGUCAGAAAAUACCUGAGAGUUUGACGUUUGUGUCUCUAGAUUUUAGUAAGGUCAAGAGUUUUCCAAAAGGACAGCCGCAUAAAGGUCCUCACGGAUUUCGAUUAAAUACAAAUAGGCAUAUGAGAUCAGACAAUCUUGCGAGAAGAAAGAAUUUUGAUUACUAUUAUGUUGAUCAAGCAUUUCAAAACAGAUUAGCUGCAUAUUCAAAUUCAAAAUGGCUGAGGUCCUUGUGUUCACAACCGGUGCCAGAAAUAUUUCACAAAUAUCGACGAAAAGGGGAAAUGUUGGAUGAACCCUUACAAGUGCCAAGAUCAUAUUCCACGCCUGGUGAGCGUUCUAUACAUGACGGAUGGGAUUUAAAUAGUAGACGUGGAGCCCGGGAACAUUCUGCAUUUUCAUCCAACCCAGUAUCAACCAAUAACUCCAACUCGCCUCAGCUAACAAUAAUUACACGAUCUUGUACAACUGUUAAUAUUACUCCACACACUACGAUAGAAAGUAGGGGAGAAUCUCUCCCACUACAACCAUCUCCAAAUCCAGUGGAAUCAUUGGAUGCCGACGACGAGAGUGUAUUUCAACCGUCACCUCAACCUACGCCACGAACAUCUUCCAUCAAACGUGAACCAAUUAGCGAUAUACGACUUCCGACAGGAUAUAGUCCGCUAAUUGAUGAAUCAAUUUACGAACAUUUUGAGCGAAAGGAAAUGAAACUUCCUGAUAUUAAUGCAGCAAGAACUACAACAAAUACCUUCCCAUCAAAACCGCGGAAGGUGUUAGUGGAAGGAAAUAGACAGUCUGUAAACAGUGAACAGAGGUUAAAAAGUCAUGGAUCACCUGCGUUAGGAAAAUCGGGCUACUUGAGCAGAAAACCGGUUACUUCGUUAAAUGAAAUCCAAGAAAAUAUGUAUAAUUUUGGCUAAAGUUGUGUUCAGUGUUGCCGUAGUGAUAUCUUCUUCUCAUGAGAGGAAUAAAAAAAAAGUCAAUAGAUUCGCUAGACAAAAAAACAAAUAAAUCUAAUUAAUUGAUUAGGAAAAACAUUGAAUUUUCAACUUUAUUAAGAGACUUUCCAUCUGAACAUUCCAAAAAAGUUAUACCAUAUAGCACGCAUAUUUGAAAAUACAUAUCAAAUUGUGAAUUAAAUUUGAAAGUAUCUCCUUAACGAUUCAUUGUUAUAUUGUUCUGAACAUGCAUGAAAUAUUUGUCACUGGACGUUAAUCAACAAACAAUCAAUCAAUCAUUCAUUGAUAUCGAGUAGAGGAUAUAUAGUUCACUUUGUAAAAGUCUCGUCAAUUGAAUGUACAUUUUUGUAAUUAAGGAUAUAUUGUAAACUCACAUUAAUUUACAGAUAUGUUUAUAGUCGCAAAAUCUGAAAUCUUACUGCCAUUUAGUUUGUUGUGAAUUGCUAUGUUUUUUUCAGAGAUUUAAAUUUGUACUUUCUAUCACUAUCAAUAUUAUUCUACAACGAAAUGUACAUAAAAACAUGUUUUUCGAAGCUAAUAAAUAAUGGUUGCAUACAGUGA